UCGCACAGUUUCUGACCCACCAUGAAGGGCAGAGCUGGAAACAGGACAGAUAUUUUGAUACAGCUUUAAACUUCUUCCUAGUUCCUACUUUUGUGAUUCUGUGACACCCACCACGUCUGCUCCGUCACAGGCUACUUUCAUCCAAAAGCACUUACUUAAAAUUCCCAAGGAACCUUGUUUGGCCACAGGUUCUGUUUCAGGGGAGGCACAUUGGAAAUUACAGUCUGUAACUCCACUCCUAAGUGUCCCUACUCAGCUCUCUCACGUUGGCACCCCUCCCCAGGCCCUUGGACUCAGAGGAGCAUGGCACCCUCCACGUCCUGGCACCUGAAGCCUGGCUAGGGACACAGGUCCUGGCUUUGACGUGGCUACAAAAUCUCAGGAUGUUGAAAAUAGAUAUUAGAAGUGAGAGUCCUGCCCCCACACUGGAACAUUGUCCCCUUGAGACCCCAGAAACACUCACAUCUACUGGUCGGGGAUGGGGGUUCCCACUUAUAUCUUGAGCACCUGAGAUGUAUGUAUGUUCUAUGAGCACCAACCAAGUACAGGAAAGACUCUAAGAACUUCAAUAGCCUCCUGAGUCAGACAGCAUGCCCAUUUUACAGAUGAAAAAAGUUGAGGCUCAGAAAGGUUCUCUCAUUUGCUCUUGAUCCCUAGAACUAAUAAAAUCUAGGCCCAGCAGAAAAACUCAGGUCCUAUCCAUGAAACCCAGACCCCAGGUAAGGAUGAGUGGGGUAAACAUCAUCUCUCCCACGCCCUUCCCAGUUUUAGGGGAGGAUAUCAGAACAGAAAUGAGGCUGUAUUUUCAAAUCAGAGAGGCAAGGCUGCCAGGCAAGGGGGCGGGGGAGGAAGCAAGCCUGUGUCAGCCCUCACUGCGCGUCUGUGUUCACCUGGCUGCAUUCUGGAACCUACCGGGUCACACCUGAGCAGGCGGCUGCCCCUCCUCCCUGGGUUGAGGAAGCAGGAAAGGGUGGUGAGGAGAGGCAGCAGGCAGGUCUGCCAGGCAGCGGUGGUCAGUGCCCAGGCAGGAUGGGCUUUGUCUGGGUCCUAGCUGUGCCUCUCCUUUUCUCCUGCUGGAAGGCUGGAGUCACUGCCAGCUCUGCAGCCCUGAGCAGCGGCAGUUCAGCCCCUUUGAUGACAACCAACAACACGGAAGUGCCUGCCUUUACUCAAAGGGACAGGCCCAGCUCAGAGGGGGCUUUCCAGACCACUCACCUGACUCAGGAUGUUCCUCUAGACGCUUUAACUCUGAGCACUGAAACUGCUUCUAGUACCUUAACUGCAACCAGUACCAGUUCAGAAGUCAAUUCCAGGGACACCCAGACCAUCUCUCCUGUAACAGAGACUGGGAAGACACAGACUACCUCCCUUACAGCAUCAACCCUGGAUAUUCACACCACCUCCCCUGCAACAUCAACCCUAGAUAUUCACACCACCUCCCCUACAGCAUCAACCCUGGAUAUUCACACCACCUCCCCUACAGCAUCAACCCUGGAUAUUCACACCACCUCCCCUACAGCAUCAACCCUGGAUAUUCACACCACCUCUCCUGCAAUAUCAACCCUAGAUAUUCAGACCACCUCCCCUACAGCAUCAACCCUGGAUAUUCACACCACCUCUCCUGCAAUAUCAACCCUAGAUAUUCAGAACACCUCCCCUACAGCAUCAACCCUGUCCACUUCUCCUGCAGCAUCAACCCUAAAUACUCAGACCACCUCCCCUGCAACAUCCACCCUGGAGACCCAGACCACUUUCCCUGCGACAGAGGCCCUAGAGAACCAGACUAUUUUCCCUAUUGAUUUGACCCUAAAAACCCAGACCGUUUCCUCUGUAACAGAGACCAGAACUCUUGCAAUAAGAGUACCUUCCAACUUCAUGGUCAUGCAUCCCAUCCCUACGGACACUUCGGCUACACAGGGCAGCCCCAGAACCGGAAUGAGCACUGUCAAGACUGGCACACUGAGUGAUCCCAUAGGAGCCAUCAUUGGCACCCUUUGUAUUGAUGACAGCUCGGAAGAGGCGAGGAAGAUCACAAUUGACCUCUUAACCUUGGCACACACCUCCACAGAAGCUGAACACCUGUCCUCAGACAGCAGCUCCUCCUCAGACAGCUCAGCUGGCGUCCUCACCAGCUCACAGGUCCUGGGAUCCGAUAUUGCAACUCCAGCCAAGGACUUGGUUGCCUUCAGCAUCACCCAGAUUAAGCUCACCACCUGCAUCACAGAAAUAGAAACAUCUGUCGUCACCUCAGACACUAACAACGGCCCUACGGGAGCGACAGCCUUGUCCACUUCUGAGACGCUCACUUUGCCUCAAUCCCCCGAGGCAAAACCACUUAGCCCCAAGACCACAAGCUCACCCGGGACCCCAUCAACAGCUGGCACCUCAACCCUUGCCACCACCCUUGAGGGCACGCCCCCUAUUAGUGGCGUCACAGAAAGAGAAUCAACAGUGGCUCAGGCUCCUACCUCCAGAGUCACUUCAGGGACAGUCAGUACGAACCCACUGAAAGAGACCUCAGCACUCUCGACAGUGACACAAUGGCACCCUGAGGUCUCGGGAACAACUACCGUCUCCAGGGCUACUGGGUCAACGAUGGGACAAGCAACCUCCUUCACUAGCUCCUCAACUUCAGACAACAGUCCCUCAGCAGGGGUCACCACCAAGAGCUCUACUACCUCAGAGACUUUAACCAGCAGCUCCUUAGCCAAGACCACGGCCUCACCAAAGACCUCAAUGGAGCCCCUAACAUCUACACCCACUGCUGCUUGGACAAGGACCACAAAACACGAACCAGGGGAAGAUGGAGGCUUCCUCCUUAUACGGCUGAGUGUAGCCUCCCCUGAGGACUUCACUGAGCCCAAAGCCGUAGAGAAGCUGAUGGACCAGGUAAGGACUCACAAGCCAUCACACUGUGGACAUCUGCCCUGGAGAUGGGGAGGAAGGUGACAUUCUUCCUGGCUUCUCCACUGCUCCUCUUCUGCCUCCCCCUCGGAGCCUGCUGGAGGAAGGCCUCCACCACAGCGUCUAUCAGCUAGUUGUUCAGAAAAUGGAUGACCGGGCCCCGGGGACGGUACUGGAAGUGGGAGACGACCCUCCAGUGUUGAAUUGACUUGUCCGAGGGCCGUGCUGAGGGAGAGCUGCAUGGGAGGGGAACAGUGAGGUUUCUGAGGAGCAGGGGAGAGGGAGAGGGGAGUCACAGAGGGACGGCCUG